AUGGACAUCCUGAAUCUGUGGAAUGACGACCCAGAGGAGCUGCUGUUGGACCUGGGUUUUGGCUGCGAUGAACCCGAUCUCUCUGGUCGCAUCCCAGCUCGCUUCAUCAACCAUCAGUCUCAGGCAAGAGGGAUAAACCUGCAGGUGUUUCUGGAAGCCCAGAAGAACCGACUGGACCUGGAGAACCCAGAUGUCAGCAAUCGCUUCAGACAGCUGGAGGUGCUUCAGCAGGUCACCACAGCCUUCUCCUCGUUAGUGUCAUCAGACUUACCCGCUGAGGCUCGGGAAAGGAGGAAGCGUGUGGGAAUGCUGUUCCGGCGAGCGUCCAAGAGGUCACUGAGCCAAAUCCACAACCACACCACCCAGGAAGUGACCAUGGACAGGAGGACCGGCGUCCCAGCAGGACCUGGAGAUGACAUUUUCACUGGGAAGGGGGUCACACCUGGUCUGAAACAGGAGGUGGGUCUCAAUCCUCUGGAGGAGGAGGAGCAAGGACCUGGACCCUACUCAGACCAGGAGUCCAGGAUCCAGGAGGGAGCGCUCAGAGCUGGGACCGAGCCCAGUGUCAGGAAGAGCCCCCGCCAGGCCAGGGAGUCCUUUGAAAUGGAAGAGGUCCACAGUUUCGAUGAAAGCAGUGUCACAGGGAGUUUCACAGGAUGGGCAGAUUCUGUGCGUGGCGUGGUUCGGGCCAACAGCGUCCAGUCCGACAGCAGUGGUUUCCUGGAAGAGCCCUUCAUCCCAUCACUUCCACCAGAGGCCUCACCAAGACCAGCUUUAAUCAAGGUGCUGUUGGGCCGGUCUGGAGGCGUCACCGACGGCGACGGGCCAGCGGUCCCCCCUCAGAGCUCCUCCUCUACUCCCCCUCCAUCAUCUGCUGAUGACAGUGCUGUCCUUUCACCCCCUUUCCUCAUGAAACCUGACAGUUCAGACAUGGACUCACAGCCAGAUCUGGAUCCCCUGGCUUCACCUGCUUGUUUGUUUGAUCCAGUCUACGUGGACCAUGGUCCUGAUUCUUCCACUCCACACUGCAGAGGACGUUCAACCACAGGACAAGGACACCUCACCCCCUGCCCCCCCCCCUGUCCCCCCCACUUCAUCCCCUGUCCCCCCCACUUCAUCCCCUGUCCCCCCCACCUCACCCCUUGUCCCCCCCACUUCACCCCCUGUCCCCCCCACUUCAUCCCCUGUCCCCCCCACCUCACCCCUUGUCCCCCCACUUCACCCCCUGUCCCCCCCACUUCAUCCCCUGUCCCCCCCACCUCACCCCUUGUCCCCCCCACUUCACCCCCUGUCCCCCCCACCUCACCCCCUGCCCCCCCCACUUCACCCCCUGUCCCCCCCACUUCAUCCCCUGUCCCCCCCACCUCACCCCCUGUCCCCCCCACUUCACCCCCUGCCCCCCCCAAUUCACCCCCUGCCCCCCCCACUCGUUCCUUUGACUCUGACAGAACAUCUUCCACUGGGUCUCAGAGUGUCUCUAUUUCCACCGGAUCACCUCCAACCUCUGCUUCAGCUGCUGCACAGUCUGACUCCACCUGUCGGAACCAAGGAGGUAAACCCCCCCAGGAAGACCCAAACUCAGACGGCAGUUCAACUGUCGUCCCCUACUCCCCUUUAGUUCCAUCGACCUCGUCGGCUGAGUCUCCAAUACAGAGCCUUGAGGAACUCCCUACCCCACAUUCUGAUGCAAAAAUGGAAAAGAAAGCAGCACCUUCUUCCUCUUCUUCUAAUUUCCAGGGGACAGAGCCCUCCUGCGUCUACUUAGAUUCUUCUAAAUUUGAUCCUCUCGUUCCACUGUGCAAAUCAACGUCGUUAGCCUCUGAUAGUACAGAUGUUGUGAUUGAUCCGGCUGUUGAGCCGUCCUUGUGUCAACAAGACGAAUCUGUCUCUCCUGUCCACGAUGGUGUUCAUGUAGAGGCGUAUGUUCUGUCUGACUCGAAGGAACGCCUUCAAAGGAAUGAAAACCAGGAAGACAAGAGGCACAGUGACCCAGCACAGACACAAACGGACAUUUACAGUUUAAAGACAGAAAGUUCUGCAGGUCUGACAGAAAGUUCUAGGUUAGUCUCGGAGGAAGAAUAUCAUAAGAGAGAGACAGAUCCACAAAUCCCCUCUGAUACGUGUGAGGAGCUUUUGACGGAAACCAAACAGAAAGAAUCCAGUGAAGUCUUUCAAGUGGACAUAGAUCGCAAAGAUAAUGAAUAUAAUCAAAGUUCUUCCGUUUCAUCUGAGAAGGUGUCAGAGGCACCAAAGGUGUCUGAUCUGGUUGAGAUUGAGAGCUUGGACCAGGUGUUUGAAACCUCUGUGGACGGUUCAGAAGGUGAAUAUGGAGAUGUGGAGGCCUUUUUUCAGGAGCUGGACUCUGCGGGUCACGCAUACUGGGCUGAACCGGUCCAGGUUUCUGAUGUGACCCCUCAGUCGGAAAGCUUUGAGGCCUUAGAUGAUGCUCCUGGAAAUCCUUUGUUUUCCAGAUUUGACGCUUCUCUAGAUGCAGAUUCAUUAACAGACAAAGCCACAGUGAAACCUUCAUCAUCCUCAGCAUCUGAGGACGUGGACCGUGGAGCAGCUGUGAAGACCCACACUGUCCACUCAGACUCACUGACCUCCACAACCCCUGAGCACAAGCCACCCAACCAUUCCGUCUCGGUCCAGAUGUCUUCCUGUCCGUCUUCUCAUAUUGUACAAAGGAAGGACGUUCCCUUCAUAAAUGACUCAAAGCACACAGCCGUCCCCGCUCGUCUCCGCUUGGACACCUCCACUCCUUUUCGUGCUGUGCAAUCAUGGACAGAUCUACGCAUUCACCAGAAGACUCGCACAAAUAAGCGAUCACAUGGUGCUUCCCACACGUUCCCAGACACAGUGACCGUGUCCACAGGCGCUUUAGAACUUACACAAACACCAGCCAGGAUGUCUUUGUCCUCUCCGUCCGUCCCUCUGUUGUCCGAUGACUGGCAGUCAAAUUACUGUCCACCUGGAAUAACUAGAAGUUACCCAACACUGUCCAUGUCUGUGGACACUGGCCUGUGGCCUCAUGAAGAAGGGAAAGUGGAAAGGAGCGGAAAAGACGAUGAGGAGCGACUGUGGCGGGACGAUGGGAGAGGAGAAGCGUCCCUGUGCUGCUGUGAUCGUCAGUGCAUCUGCUGCACUCACAACACUUACAACAGACAACAGCCUCUGCUCAGCAUCCCAUAUUCUCUGCAUGAGUUGGAGGAGAUGAUUCUGUGUCUGCAGCAGUUUCGGUCGGUGCUUUCCACCAUGGAGGACCAGCUGUCGGAGGACCAGGCUGCAGUCUACAGCGCACUCACAGACCAGGACAGGGAGAAGAUUCAAGACAUAGAGGAGCUGAGGGAAGCCAUCAAACAGGAGGCUGCAGAGCUGGAGCUGCAGCUCAGUGAACUGGCCCAUCACUACGACGACAACUUGAAAAUGAAGAUGCAGAAGCUGUUGGAUGAACAGUCUCUGCUCUGCUCUCAGCUCAGAGUCGUCCCCCCCAGUCCCGUCCACAGAUCGUCUAGCCCCGCCCACUGCAGGACAGUAGCCACUCAGUGCUGUCUGCUGCCCUGGCCCCUAUUGGCCGAUACCCAGAGAAGCCACAUCUCUGCCUGGGGCACCUGGGACGUAGGCUCCGCCCCCCACCUGCCUCAUCAGACUGCAGGUUUCUGUCCAGGCCUGGGCAGUCCUCCUGCAAAGGCAGACAAGAUAGACCUAGUUGGAUUCCUACACAGACUGAAGGAGUCUCUUCGUCAUUCUGUGAACACAGACUCAAUGGAAUAAAAGAUGUUGUUGUCAGCACCACCGACAUAAACCCGAGAGGAAGAGCCGUAGAAUUUAGACCGACUGUUGAUGUUUUUGGUGGAUUUACAUCAGAAUUUGCGCUGUGUUCAGCUCCGUCCACACCCCAACGCUCCUGCUGUUUUUCUUUAGUGGAUUCAAACAGUUUGUCGUCCAUACACGUAUGGUUUCCAUAAAUAUCUGCGUCCAGGUGGAAACGCUCCAACUGGGUUAAAUGGUGUCAUACGUACGCCACGCCCAUAUGUGGCGCUGUCCACAAACACAGACAGAGCCUGUGACAGGAUGCACUCAAACCACAGAAGAAUGCACUGAGCAUGUGCAGGAGGUUCCGUCCGGGGUUUGGGGACCCGUUCUCCAAAAAUACCACUUCAGGCACCUACGAUGCCAGUGUCAUGUGACCAAAGGACGAAACCAUGUGGAACUGUAGUGGACUGACAUCGUUUCAUUGAACAUUUUGGUAAAGUAUGACCGGCAUGGUAACUAUGGCAACAGUAAGCAUGAGAUGUCAACACAGGCAUUAUUAUUUUUGUCAUUUUUGUCUGUUUAAUGUUAUGUUAACCCUGUAAAACCUGAGCCAUCAGAAACUAGAGGCAAAAUUAGAAUCUUCUGGAACUGUGAUGUUUCUUAGAGCUUUUAACACAGGGGUGUCAAACACGCGGUCCGGGGGCCAAACCCCACCCACCAAACACUCCAAUCUGGUCCAUGGGAUGAAUUUGUGAAAUGCAAAAAUUACACUGAAA